UAAUUAACUAACGGGUUUUGUGCUUUAUUAAUAUAAAUUAAAAACAAUCUAGUUUCGGAAUAAGACUGAUAUUAAAAUCCGUAAAAUAUUUCUAUUAAAACAUAAGGUUUAGUACCUACUUGGAUAGAAAACUUAUGUGUAACCACUUGAAACUUGAUACUUAGUUAAUUAACUCUUGAUAAAACAGUUCAUCAAUAUUCAUUUCUUAAGAGUUUUCAAUUUUAUGCGAUCGCGCUUAAAGCCAACUUCAAUGGCUAAGGAGGUCGCAUCUAACUUUUCUGGUCAAGAAAGCAUUAAAAAUGAAAAAUUAAUUUACCCUGCUGCAACAAGAAAUCAGGAACCAAUUUUACAAGUUUUGAAGAGAUUCCUUAUCUGUGAUGUUGAUAGUAUUGAAGAUGGAGAAAGCCCAUUGUUCUUGGAGAUAGCAUCUGGUUCUGGGCAGCAUGUGGCUCAUUUUGCUCCCCAUUUCCCCGGAGUCAAGUUUCAACCAUCUGAUGUAGAUGACAGUUUACUAGGAAGUAUAACUUAUUAUGCUGAAAAUUGUACAACUAAAAAUAUUCUUCCUCCUAAACUUAUUGACAUCUGUAACAAAUUAUCAAGCUAUGGAUUUGAAGAAAACAGUGUUGACUACAUGUAUAGUGCUAACAUGAUACAUAUAAGCCCAUAUGCAUGCACAGUUGGUUUAUUUGAGAAUGCUGGUAGCUACUUGAAGCCAGAUGCACUGAUGAUUACUUAUGGGCCUUAUAGUAAAGAUGGUGUGAUAACACCUGAGAGUAAUGUCCAAUUUGAUGCAUCACUCAAAGCAAGGAACCCUGCUUGGGGUCUGAGGGAUAUCACAGAUCUAAUUAAACUAGCCGAACAAAAUAAUCUCACUCUAAUGGAUACUAUAGAAAUGCCUGCUAAUAACAAAACAUUAAUAUGGAAAAAGAACUAAAGUAUAGAGAGCUUUUAUACAAUAUACAUAAUAGUUCAUAUAACAUUGAAUAGGACAUGAUGAUACUGCCUUUAUGUAUUCAUAAUAUACAGUAGUAUAAUAUAUUAUAUAAAUAAUA